GAUCUCUCAAUGAUCAUCUUCAUAAUCCAUUACUUAAAGGUGGGAGAUUUUGGACUUGCAAAGCUGGUAGACAGAACCGAUGAUGAAAAUUUUAUAACAACUAGACUUGUAGGAACACCAGGUUACCUUCCACCAGAGUCUCUAAAGGAGCUUCAAGUGACCCCAAAAACUGAUGUGUUUGCGUUUGGAGUGGUGCUUUCAGAGAUGUUAACAGGGAACCGAGCAUUAUUCCGAGAAAGCCAAGAAGAGAUUAAAAUGAAAUCACUGAUUAAUGUUGUUAAUAAAGUAUUCCAAGAUGAUGAGCCAGAGAUUGCCUUAGAAGAUGCCAUAGAUAAGAAUCUAGAAGCAAGCUGUCGGAAGGAAGAUGUCUACAAGUGUCCAAGACAACCCAACGACAAUGAUUGUGGAUAUUAUGUGUGUCAAUAUAUGAAGAAAAUUAUUAAGGAGGAACAAUUUCAACUGAUUAUUUUUCUAGUUGCAGAUGCCAACAUUAUCAUGAAAGUCAGAUCAUUGAAGUUAGGGAAAAUUGGUGUUUACAUGUAAUUAGUACAUGCA